CAACGAUUUCGCCUGCCUGAUUUCUUUUCUCAUAUUUUGAGGCUUACAAGGUUAGUAGAUACUUCUCGUCUUAAUGUUGGCUGUGUUGCGUUGAAACAGCCCUUUGCGUGUGCAGAGAAGUGGGAAGAAAGCUCCAAGGGUGUUUCCAGCCUGAUCACUACCAUUCCAAAGCUUCAAAUUCACUUAUUUGCUUCUAGAAAUAUUCACUGCCUUUAUCGCUUAUCACACUGGCGCUAAUGUUGUCAUAAACCAGGUUCUGCACGCUGCCUCCUUUCCUUUCGACAACAUCAAGUAUUUUAUUUCUGAUUGCACGCAAACUUCGCAACAGCAUCCUCUGAAAGCACACAGGAUGGCAGAUACUGAGCCGAAGGUUGAGGAGGACGUCCUUAUCGGCGAGGAAGAGGGAAAUGAUGAGGAGGAGAUUUCGGCAAUGAAGAGGAGGGUCGCAGAGAUGGAGGAGGAGGCAGCCAAGCUUCGUGAGAUGCAGGCGACGUUGGAUCAGCAGAGCAACGAUCUGCGAGAGGACAAGGAGGAUAUCGACUCGAGAAGCAUCUUCGUUGGCAACGUCGACUAUGCCGCUUCCCCAGAGGAGAUCCAGGCUCACUUCCAGAGCUGCGGCUCCAUCAAUCGUGUCACCAUUCUGCUGGACAAGUUCACCGGCCAUCCCAAGGGGUAUGCGUACGUGGAAUUCACAGAGCCAAGUCUCGUUGCUCAAGCUCUUGUCUUGAACGAGAGCGUCUUUCGUGGACGUAACUUGAAGGUUGUUCCAAAGCGUACAAAUGUCCCGGGUAUGACUCGCGGCCGAGGCCGAGGUGGCAUGAGAGGUGGUCGUGGCUUUGGGGGCGGACGUGGAGCUCCUCGCGGUGCAUACCGUGGUGGAUACAGAGGAAAUCGAGGCCGUGGAUUCUCUCCGUACUAGGGUGAGAACGGUUCUUCAAGGCGGUCGAUGACAAUUCAAGGGAUUGGAAAAGCGUACGAUAGUUAAAGGCACGAGACCUGCGUUGGUUUCUAUAAAACGGUGGGGAAUUCAUGAGGGAUCUGGGCAAUGGUCUUGAACUGAAGUACUAGAUUUGGCGUUGAUAUGGGAGCACGUGCUUGAUUCUUCCACCCUGUUCAUCU